AUGUCUUCACUAAACGAAAUUCGCCCGUUUGUUUGCCCUAUUUGUCAAGCCCGGUUCAAGAAUAAGCAAUUCCUUCAAAGGCACAUGGUUUCUCACACUUCACUCAGAAGUUUCCUAUGUGAUGUAUGUGGCAAAUCUUAUAAAUACAAAAAAGGAUUAAACAGGCAUUUACAAAAAGUUCAUACAGAAGUGUGGGAAUCUAUGAAGCUUCAGCACCCAAGAAGAAGAUGCAAUGCAUUUGACGUCAGCCGCUUUUUGUCGCUGGACGAUCCGCCUUAUAAACUAAACGAAACAUUGAAAAACCAAAUUUUAAAAGAAGUCACAGUUGACGAGAAUGUUGCAAUAAAAGAUACAGCUUGUAGAGUUAUUUUUACAUCCCCUUACCCGGAUUAA